AUGAUGGCGAUGAACGGAAAACAGCACCUCGGCAUGCACCCGGCGCUAUCUGAGCCCAAAUAUCCAAGCCUGCACGCAAGCCCCGAAGGCAUGCGGCGAGCCUGCUUACCUGCCCCGCAGCUCCAGGGCAAUAUAUUCGGUGGCUUUGAUGAGAGCCUGCUGGCCCGCGCGGAAGCUCUGGCGGCUGCUGACAUUGUCUCUCACGGCAAAAGUCACCCUUUCAAGCCGGACGUGACCUACCAUACCAUGAGCAGUGUCCCCUGUACUUCCACCUCCUCCACUGUGCCCAUAUCCCACCCUUCCAAUCUGACAUCGCACCACCACCUUAAUCAGACGUUGGAGGGCGAUCUGCUGGAUCAUAUCUCGUCGAGUCUGUCCGUCAGCGGGAUGGGGGCUCCGGACCCGUCUGUGAUGACUACACAAGCUCAUCAGCAUCACCUGCAGACCAUGGGCCAUCUCCAUCAAGCAAUGGCCAUGGGUCAUCCGCAUUCACUGUCGGUGCACAAUGGAAUGACCUGCGUAAACGACGUGGAAUCGGAUCCCAGGGAGCUGGAGGCGUUCGCGGAACGGUUCAAACAGAGGCGGAUAAAACUUGGGGUGACCCAGGCAGACGUUGGGUCCGCCCUGGCUAACCUUAAGAUUCCCGGCGUGGGCUCUCUGAGUCAGAGCACGAUCUGCAGGUUCGAGUCCCUAACCCUCUCUCACAAUAACAUGAUAGCGCUGAAACCGGUUCUCCAAGCAUGGCUGGAGGAGGCUGAAGCGGCUUACCGAGAGAAAAACAGCAAGCCGGACCUUUUCAGUGGCAACGAAAGAAAAAGAAAACGCACGUCCAUUGCUGCACCAGAAAAGCGGUCGUUGGAAGCAUAUUUUGCAAUACAACCGCGUCCCUCUUCAGAAAAAAUAGCUGCCAUAGCAGAGAAGUUGGACUUAAAAAAGAACGUGGUUCGUGUUUGGUUUUGCAAUCAACGUCAAAAACAGAAAAGGAUGAAAUAUUCUGCCUCACAUUAA